AUGUCGAGAAGCAUGGAGCUGCAGGCGCUGCUGGCGCAGGGGGAGCUGCUGAAGCAGGGCGCGGAGGCGCGGCUCUACCGCACACGGUUCCUCGGAAAACCCGUCAUCGUUAAGGAACGAUUCUCAAAGAGAUACAGGCAUCCGGCGCUGGACGAGAAACUCACACACCGGAGGACCGUGCAAGAGCUGAGGGCCAUACUGCGCUGUCGCAAAGCAGGCGAGUAA